AUGAUAUCUGUGAAGGCUAUGUCCAGUGGCGGGUCAAUGGUGAUAUACCGACGGAUCAUGCGGGGUGGCGACGACGAGGCGCUUGCGGUGUUCCGCGCGGAAGAAGGGGAGUUUGGAUGUGGCAUCGCGGUGGUGGUAGCCAAGGGUGAAGAGAAGGGAUAUGGAGAGAGGGUAUUUAGGAAGAGGAUACUAGGGAAUUGGGAGGGAAAGGAAAGGGGUACCGUAAUCCCCAUAAAGCAGGGUAAGAAGCGAAGCAUGUUCCAGUGUCGCCCAACACAGCUGUUCGGAAAUGACACCGCCAGAUCGUGUUGCGGGAGGAGACAUGCACUGGAGCCAAUUACCGCAAAGACUAACCCUAUAAUCUCCCAGCGGUUCGGCAUACAGGAGAAAUAUUCUGUGGGGGUGAUGGCGGGGUCUACGACUAAAGCAUUGUUCGGAUGGAAGACAGGAUUAGACGCAGGGCAGGGCAAAAUCAUCGAGCAGGAUAAGGAGCAGCUCGGCACCGAGCUGGAUCUGGCUGUCGUCGAUGAUGGCGCUGGUGUUUUGUUGCAGGGACUUGGCGAAGAGGGCUAUGCUGGAAGAGCCAUCGUCGAUGUCGUCGCGCAGCACAGACAGGUAGCUGGUGGGCCCGAAGACGCCGGUGCUGGGGGUCGAGGUGCCGCGGUGACUCGAGUCGGCAAGCGGGCUCGUCCAGGCACUGCUGAGACUGGCACUGGCAGUAAUGUUGCUGCCACUGCCGCACGAAAUGGAGUCGGUGGAGCUGCGAUCCGUCCUGUUCGGAUGCUUGGACAUCGGGGCCGGUUGGUACACGCACAGAGCCGGCUUGCGUCUGCGUCGGCAUCGGCCGCAAGGGACGGCGUGGUCGCAUCGAAUCUUGGAUUUGCGGCAUGGCUCGCAGGAGCUGGGCACCCCGUUGGAACGCAGUAG